AUGUCGUCGUCGGUCAAGAGAGCGUGCGACGCUUGCCAUCGCAGAAAGGUCAAAUGUGAUGGAAUCAACCCGUGCAGGAAUUGCUCCCAGGCACAACUCUCGUGUACCUACCACGCCAUUCCACAGAAGAAGGGCCCGAAAGGGUCGAGAGCCAAGGUGAUCAGCGAACUGCGGGAAACACAAAGGCAGACGACGCUCUCCAACAAGGUCGCGAGUCGAAUGAACGGCAUCACGAGUCCACCAUGUAGUCCGACGCUCACACCCACGCCGGGUCUCCUCACACCGGAAAUGAUCAAGGAGUGCAUCGAGUUCUUUUUCGCCAACAUGUAUCCCACCUUGCCCAUCCUCCACCGCGAGAGACUCGAGCAGCAGGCAAUGUACGCCGACCAGAAUGUCGACACCUACUGUUUGCUGACCGCGCUGUGUGCCUUCAUGAUGAUCCAGCCGGGCAUGGGAAUUCCAGGUGACCCGCUAGGUCUCGACACGGUGCCUGGAUCGAACCUGGUGUCUGGAAAUCUGCUGAUGGAGGAGACGCUGAGGGUGAGGAAGAGCUACGAUCAUCUGGAAACCCCAACGCUCAACAGCCUGGUCACCAGCUUUUUCCUCUUCGGGUGCUACUUUGGUCUGGAUUUGCACAACAAGGCAUGGUUUCAUCUACGGGAGGCUACCACAUUAUCGCAUAUUCUGUCCAUGCAAAAGGAGGAAUCGUAUCUGCAAUUCGACGCCGUAGAGUCGUCAAGGAGACGAAGGCUCUACUGGCUGCUGUUCGUCACAGAGAGAGCGUAUGCCUUGCAGCGACAUCGUCCACUCUCACUCCAAGCAACCAUCAGUCUCCCCACGCAAAACGACGAUCCGUCUGACCCUCAAGCUCACCACUUACAAGGAUUCUUACACCUGAUCAGCCUCUUCAGACCAUUCGAUGAAAGCUUCGUUGCCUUAUGGAACAAAACCCGGACAGACUGCUCGCCGCCGUACUUGGCCGCCUUGCAAAAACAACUCAACGACGCGUUGCCGACAUAUCUCAACUCCACCGAGAACCAGACUGCUGAUUUGAGAACGAGCCAAUCAUGGUUGCGGACGAUGGUGUGGCAGUUGAGCAUUCAAAACGGUUGCUUGAGCUCAAACCAUGAAGAUCCAAGCAUGACUUUUCAUUAUCCUGUUGAGAUUGCCAGAGAGUUAAUAUCCAUGACUUCUCAAUUCUCUCAGCAAAGUAUGGAGGUUCAUGGAAUUGGUUUGAUUGAAAAACUUUUCGACGUCGCCUGUUCAUUGACCGAUGUCUUGUCGCUACUGCCACCAAACCCUGAUCCUUUCCAACUCGGUCCCCGCGAUUACCUCAACGAUUUUAUCAGGCUCUUGUCGAUUCUACGCAGUGGAGACCAUAGGUUCUUACCGCUACUUCUCUCUAAGGUCCAUGAUGUCCUCCCUCGGCUCGUUAAUCCGAUGCUGCAGAGCGCUCCGGAUACUGCCGCAAAUAAGUAUGCGGAAGUGGAUAUCUUUGAUGGCUUCGGCAACGCAGGAAUGGGGGUCGCGAGCAACUUUCCCGGAUACAAUGGAGAUGGAUCGAGCGGACACUUCAAGGUCGAACCAGAUGCCGACUUCAGUCGCCCUAAUCCAGCUCUUGCGCCAUACAAUAAGCAGAUGGAAGCCCUCGGCUCUCCUAUCGAUGCUCCCGAAACCGGCAGCGACAACACCCCAUUUACGAGCCCGCCGAUCAUUCAAAGCCCCAUGAGUCCGAUGGAGUACCCUGGGAUGGGCGGCUACGGUGGAUAUCACAACAUGAAUGCCACCACCAUGCCCAAUGAUAUGCACCUACGGAAUAAUCUGGGUCAUUUGGGUGAGGGCGUUGGUGGUGGCGGUCAAGUUGAGUUCAAGCAGGAAUUUGACGGCAACAUGAAUCUUGGUGCACAAGGUGUUGGGUCACAUAACACGAUGGGUAUGAUACGCCGGCCGCCGUUGCGACAAGGGAGUGGUUCAAGUUUUGGAGUACAAAUCCCUCGAAGCGUGCCGGGACAAUUCAGCCAUUUGCAGAGAGCAAAUAGCCAUGGCCAGGAAAUUAAUCCCGGCAUGGGAGGAGUCGGAGAUAUGCCAUUUCGAUGA